AGUGCUCUUCUUCAGCACUAGGAGCAGCGGGCCAGCCUGCAGAGCUCUUCCGGAGGCGGAUAAUCCUCCAUCUCUACACGAAGUCCUAAUGCAAUCAGGAAGGAAUUGCUUGAAGUCACCUCAAGAGAAAGCCGUUUUGGGAAACAACCUGCAAGUUACGAGCCAGGAGUCCAAUAUUAGGAGAGAAAAAAAAAAGCUUGGACGAGCACAGGGAUGGAUAUUUGCGUGUCACAUUUUCUUUCUUGUGUAAAUAGCAGAAUCUGAUGAACCGAUCCUCUAUAAUGUGACAGCUGCUGUCGCGUUUCAUCUCAUUUUUUGUGUGUGUGUGGAGAAACUACUGAAAGAACAUUCGCAUUUUUUUUUCCUCUUCGUCCAGCACCAUGGUGACAUACAAUCUGGUUUUAACUUUUCUUAUUGCGGCUCUUUGGCGGGUUAGUGGCGUACCACAAACUCCUUCAGCCGCGACGCACUUAAAUACAACAUCAUCAUCAUCCAUCAACGGCGAAAAUGAGAUGACACACAAUGUGACGGAUGCCACCGUGGGAUCCAGGAUUUCACCCUUAAUGACGCAUCUCCCAACUCUGAAAAACAUUGUCAUUUUCAUCUGCGUGUUAACAGCUGCUCUCAUUACAUGCCUGGUCAUCAAAGUGGUCAGAUCUGGGAGACGAAUCAGAAAAACACGAAAAUACGACAUCAUAACGACACCUGCAGAGCGUGUAGAGAUGGCCCCUCUUAAUGAGGAGAACGACGAUGAGGAUGACUCGACUCUCUUUGAUGUCAAAUACAGGUGAAUCUCAGCACGGACAACAAUAUUUGAUAACUCCUCUUUUGCCCAAGACAACUCAAGUGAUUUUUUUCUGUAUUUUGUGUUACCAAAUCAGUGACUUCAUAUGCUGCUUGUGCAUGGCUGUUAUCUGUGUUUAAAGGACUGGACCCGCAUAGAUAUCACUGUUUGCUACUUUACUGAUGUGGCUCAAAUAAUCAAUCAGACUGUUGAGUUGAUUUAUUUUGUUUGUUUUCUGACAGUUGUUGCAUUUACAUUUAAAUUUGUACACUUGAGGUAAAGUAUGCUGGGCUGAGGAGUUUAUGAUAAGGAACCGAUGCCUGCGUUGAAGCUACUCAUAAUAAAAUGUAGGAUUAAUCACACUUUGUGAUAUGAGUGAACAUGUAAUCUUUAAAUACUUGGUGGCUACUAAAGACCAUCAUAAAAUGUUAACAAACAAUGUGCAGAGAAUACUUUAUUGCACACUCUGACGAGUGAUAUACAGUAAUUGAUAUUUUUAACAGAAAUUUCAUACCAAAUAUAUUUCUAUCUACUAACCACUUUAUUGUGCGUAUAUACUGAAGGUUUUCUGUCCUUAUGUAUGGAGCAAGCGUAUAUUUUUUUACCGUGUGUUGUCUUAGACAUUCCUAUUUUGCUGCUAUCUCAGCUCAAGUUUUAAGUUUUCAAAGGUUUAAAUUUGAUUAAAAGCUCAAAGAAUAUUGUCAGGAUAUAUCUGUGAAGUGGUUGUGGAACAUUUGCUGACAUUUGUAUGUGAAUGCUGUAAUGCUGUUGUAAUCAAUCGUGACGAUUGUGUUUAAUGAAGAAAACGCAGUUUACAACAGGUUUAAAGAUAGCAGUGAUGUAGUUAAAGUAUUUGACAUGUUUGACACGCACCCAGUGUCUUAUUUUCUUAAUCAAAAACCAUGUUAUAUCCUCAUAUAACGUCUGAGAUCGUAGGUGGACAGAUAGUUCAGUGUUAAGUCUCCUGCAAUACUUUCCAUUAAUAGCUCACUGGCUCUUUUAAUAAGUAACUUUAAAGGAGACAGGGUUUUUUUGGGCUAAGUUGAGACUCUGCUCACCCGUACAGCUUCUGAUUAAAAAAUAUCUUUUCAAUUUGAUGUAGUAUUUUGGUAAAACUGAGCAAUGUUUCAUAAAUCGGUUACAUCUUGUCAGACAUUUUCCUCAAAUGUGAUUUUCCCAGGCUCUCGGUGUAUUAAAUUUACUAUUUUAGAUGCAGCAGCACUGUUAUACCAAACUAUGGCCCAGUGUUUUUCCUUGAGUAAAGGCAACACUAACUUUGACCUAGUUUUACUUGAAACUGACAACGUCCUGACAUGAUUCGAACCUUUAAAUAAGCAUUAAAUGAAAUUGUAUUAUGUUAUAUCUUUAAUUUGAAUGCCAGAUUUUUAAUAAUGAACCAAAAGUCGGAUUUAAAGUAAAUAGAAGAAGGAGCAGAGGGGUUUACAUACCUUACUUCUGUCUGCACUCUAAGUGUGAUUAACAAUAAUACAGAGUCCACCUAGAUCAGGUUGCAGAAGAUGUGAGUGUGGUGGGUGUCGUAGGUGACCUUCUGUUUUAAUCCAACCUGUCAUUUGAUAGUGCACCAUGGCCUACAGGUGCAGCUGUUUCCAAAUGACCUCCAUCCUCACUUAAAGCUGCAGUCUUUGACAACAUUUUCUUUCCAGGAGAAAGACAUUCGCAGAAGACUGGAUACAUUUAUUGUCAGUGUUUGAUACAAGCGUUAUGCAGCAGCUGUUGAAUGUCUAACAAGGUUUUUGAAUCAUGUGUGAAUCAAACAUAUUUUUGAUAUGCUUUAAUGUGUUUAAUGUUUUCCAUCAGACUAUAUGACCGCUGUCCAUGUCAGUAUUGUGUCAUGUUUAAUUUUAGUCUUUCACUGUAUGUGCAGAAAACUGCAGAUCCAUUUAAGUUUGUCUCAGGCGAGUGUGUCACCUUCGUACAGUUCUCCUCCUCCUCCAGCAGUUGUGUGUGUGUGUAUGUGAAGUUGUGGAAAAAUCCUGCUCAUUUAAAAGAUGCUAAUUCUGGACUUUUAUUAUUAUCUGCCACAGAAAAGUUCCUCUUGUAAAAUGAAUCAAAGUCAUCGUGGUAGCUAUUCGAGAACUUGUUAAUCUACCGAAUCCCUCCUUUUUAAACCAAAAGAAAGUUUAAUUGUUCAAACUGUAUUUGUUUUAUUGAAAACACUUCCCUGCUCGGUUUGUCACACAGACGUGGAUGUUAUGUGUACCCACGGCUCUUCCCUCAGUUUCCAUUUAUUUGAAAACACUACUGAAAUAAAAUGGCUUCCUUUGAAGUGUUGAAUCAUUUUAAGGGAGAGGCUUGAAGUGUUGUUGUUGUUUUUUUCCCAUUCUGAUGUUUUUGUGUAUUUUCUGCCACAGAAAAGUACAUUCACUUUGUCAUAAUCGCACAAUGUAAGCGCCCUAGAGUCAUACUGAAUAUUUUAAAUACAAAAAAAUUGUAUGUAUCAAGACAAGACAAACAUGCAAAAGCUAACAUCUGUUUGCUGGAAUAUAGUCAUGAAACAGAUGUUAACAUACAGUAUACAUGAUUAAAAAAAGUAUAGCACAAUCACCACUGUUUCACAGCAGAUACUACAUGUCUGUAGAAGGUUUUUUUCAACUGUGGCAAAUUCCACAUUCUGGGUUAAUAAACUUAAUUGUGUCGGUCACAGACUGUUGCUAUUUUUUGCCCGAGCUCUGACAAGCUUUCACAAAUAAACCUUUCAUUGCUUCAG